CGGCCCCGCCACCUGCUCCCGGCAGCCAAUGGGGCGCACGGGGGGCGGCCGGGGCGGGGCGAAGCUACAAAAGGCCGUGCGCCCAGGACUCCCCGCCGCGGGCGCGCUCUCAGAAGGCUCGGGCGGAGGCGGCCGAGCUCCGGACACGGUCGGCGUGAGGACCAGGCGGACGCGGGGCGAUGCUGCGGGUGCGGUGUCUGCGCGGCGGGAGCCGCGGUGCCGAAGCGCUGCACUACAUCGGGUCUCGGCUUGGAAGAACUGUAACAGGAUGGGUGCAGCGAACUUUCCAGAGCACCCAGGCAGCUACGGCUUCCUCCCGGAAUUCCUGUGCAGCUGAUGACAAGGCCACUGAUCCUCUGCCCAAGGACUGCCCUGUCUCCUCUUUCAACGAAUGGGACCCCUUAGAGGAAGUGAUUGUGGGCAGAGCAGAAAAUGCCUGCGUUCCACCAUUCACCGUGGAGGUGAAGGCCAACACAUAUGAUAAGUUCUGGCCUUUUUACCAAAAGUAUGGGGGCAAUUAUUUUCCCAAAGAUCACUUGAAAAAGGCUGUUGCUGAAAUUGAAGAAAUGUGCAAUAUUUUAAAAAUGGAAGGAGUGACAGUGAGGAGGCCUGACCCCAUUGACUGGUCACUGAAGUAUAAAACUCCUGAUUUUGAGUCUACGGGUUUAUAUGGUGCGAUGCCUCGAGACAUCCUGAUAGUUGUGGGAAAUGAGAUUAUCGAGGCCCCCAUGGCCUGGCGCUCUCGCUUCUUUGAGUACCGUGCAUACAGAGCAAUUAUCAAAGACUACUUCCGCCGUGGGGCCAAGUGGACAACGGCUCCUAAGCCCACAAUGGCUGAUGAGCUUUAUGACCAAGAUUACCCCAUCCAUUCUGUAGAAGACAGACACAAAUUGGCUGCUCAGGGAAAGUUUGUGACAACUGAGUUUGAGCCAUGCUUUGAUGCUGCUGAUUUCAUUCGAGCUGGAAGAGAUAUCUUCGUACAAAGAAGCCAGGUUACAAACUACAUGGGCAUUGAAUGGAUGCGUAAGCAUCUCGCUCCAGACUACAGAGUGCACAUUAUUUCCUUUAAAGACCCCAAUCCCAUGCACAUUGACGCCACCUUCAAUAUCAUUGGGCCUGGUCUUGUGCUUUCCAACCCUGACCGACCAUGUCACCAGAUUGAUCUUUUCAAGAAAGCAGGAUGGACCAUAGUUACUCCUCCAAGACCAGUCAUCCCAGAUGAUCACCCACUCUGGAUGUCCUCCAAAUGGCUUUCCAUGAAUGUCUUAAUGCUAGAUGAAAAGCGUGUUAUGGUGGAUGCCAACGAGGUCCCAAUUCAGAAGAUGUUUGAAAAGCUGGGUAUCAGUACCAUUAAGGUUAACAUUCGUAAUGCCAAUUCCCUGGGAGGAGGCUUCCACUGCUGGACCUGCGAUGUCCGUCGCCGGGGCACCCUACAGUCCUACUUUGACUGACCAGGCCUGCUGGGGCUUGGGGCUUUGCCUCAGAUAAACCUAGGAAGCUUAGGGACAAGGUUCAUUCUCCUGCUUUAAAAAGUGCAUCAACUGUAGUGCUUUAAACAAUCAUAUUUUUAACAGGGGUCUUAAGCCUGGGUUCUUUUUAUUACUUUUCUCUGAUAAAAGGAAAAUAACUUGUGUUAGGUCUUACUCUCUACUCCUAAAUUUUUUACUGUUUGGCUUCAAGCAUAAAAAUUUGGUGAAUGUCUACCAAAACAAAAAUUAGUCAUUUGAGUAACGUGGCCACUAAUACAUUUAACCGUCUACCUCUGUUUUUAAUUUUCUUUCCAUAAGGCAGCUUGAAAUGUUGGUUCUAAUCUUCACUUUUUUUUUUCCUUUUUGCUAAACUUGUGAAUGUUUGUAUCACUUCUUUUUUCUAAAUGAAAGACUCAGAAUGUAUACAGAUCUUAAGUAGAACCAGAUAAUUGUCUCUUUUUCUGAUAAGGAAUUCUAUUCAUUUUUAAUUUUUCAUUAAAAAAAAAAUAACCUAGACUAUGCAAACAUUUAAGUGAAUUUUCCAUGAAUAUUUUUAAUCUUCUCAUCUCAACAUUGGUGAUAUUUGCUACUAAAAACCUUUUCAUACAACUUACCUCAUUUCAAGUAGUUUAUUCUCAUCUCUUCUUUUUCUCCUCUGUUCAGAAUUUUACAGAAAUAUUUAGUGCAAUAGGAUAUAACGAUAAGUUACAAUUUCUAGAUUUUCAUGUUCAGUAUCUAAUGGAUACUUUGGUAACCUAAGAUUUGUUUACAGAUGUGCACAUCAUUUAAAGCACAGACUUUAAAAGCAUUAAAAAAAAAAAAACUAAUGGAGGUAAAACCUACAUGUCAUGUGAAAUAAUUUUAAUGUUGGAUACUGUACAUGUAUUUUUAUUCUAAUAAACUUUUGUGUUACAGAAUGGA